CGAAAGGAUGUGGUGUUGUCAAUGAGGUUCUGAACCACAUUUUGAAGUCGCAGAAGACUGCUGGUGUGGAAGACAAAAGUAUUUGUUUGAUCAUUAUCAUUACUGUAUUCUCAUUUCCAUCGUUCACGACGACAUGAAAAUAAUGAUUCAACCUGCAAAAGCUGAGUUUCCUACGCCAAUUUCCAAAGCUGCGGAACAAGUCAACUCAUAGAAUAUAUAUCGAAAAGAGAGGGCCUGUCAGAUUGAUGCAUCUACAAUUGAUCAAACAUGCUGCUCUAUUCCACUGGAGCGUCACCGCCGCCGUCGUUCUCGUCUUCACCUAGCUUUUGGAUUGCCCAAGCUAUUAGUGCGUUAUUGCUAUGCCCACCAGAUCUGAUCGAACGAAGGGUCCCAAUGAUAGCGCCGUUCCCGGGCACAUGGGAAGACAGUCGGAGACGAAAUAUCGUCGAUCAAAUAAUAGACGAAUGCUGGAAGAAUCCAAAUGCAGGAUACGAAGUCCAACCAACGGACGAGUGGAUCGUCAAUAACCAACAACAGCAGCAACUUGAUAGCAGGGACCGAUUCGAUAUCCUUGAGCAGGAACAAUUAGACGAGAACGGCGAGAUCAUUGCUACUUCAGGAAAACCAUCUACAUACGGAGAAAUCACACCACUGGGUGCACGGCAGUUGUUUGGCGCCAUGGGACUGCUUGAUUCACGCAGAGACAAUCAUGAUCAGUGUCGCCACCCAGCUCAUUUUUUCGAUCUUGGAUCGGGAACGGGGAAACUAGUUGGCCAAGCCGUUUUGGAACUACCAAACAAAACAAUCAAAAAGGCCACAGGAAUCGAAUUGUCACCUUCCAGGCACGAAUCUGCUAUUCGAGCCAUGGAAAGCUUGCUACAAUUGCCACAGUCGAAUAACGACUGGGUCAACUCCAUCGAAUUUUCCCAUAACGAUAGCAAUGGUUUCCUAACGGAAGAGUAUUUUGUCCGGUCUACCAACAAGCUUGAACUGCUCCAGGGUGAUUUGUUUGAUGUCGACUUGUCGACCGCAACACACAUUUAUGUUGCGUCGCUUUGCUUCCCUGAUGCCCUCAUGGUUGAGCUAGAAGAGCGCUUACAAAUAUUAAUGCAUAAACAUGAAACUCAGGAACAGGCUUGCAAUCAAAACGAGACAGAUGAGAUGGGGGAAGUCCAAGAAGUAGGAGAGCUAUCUUCCCUUCAAUGGGUGGCUACGUUAAAACCUUUUCCAACUAACUUKGGAGGAAUCCGCCCUAGUAUUCGAUUCAUGGAAAUGUCAUGGACAAAACCGUACGGUUGCGCUGUGUAUCUGUAUCGAUGCAACAGCACAGCAGCGACAGAAAAAUGAACACGAAUGGAAAGGAUACAACAAUGGGGCCAUCAAGCACAGUAACAUCACCAAGAGGAUGACGGUGUUGAUGAAGAAUACUAGAUUUAGUGUAAACUUUCGUUUAUCGUAUGCUCUAUCGCUCUACAGUUUAUUCUUAUUGCGUUGUAAUCAGAAAAAAAGACUAGAAUGAUGAAGUAAAUUCAAUUCAGAUAC